UGAAGCAAUACUAGACGCCAGUCACGAUGCCCGAGCCGGUGGGCAUGUCUAGUUUUGAUUGCAAACCUGGUGCCUAAACUAGGUAAAUGGUAAUGCUGGAGCUGCUGAAGACAGGGACAUGGUGCGCUCAGCUGGUCCCUGCACUGAAGCCUGCCUCUCCAAGGUCAACGAAGGUCGAGUGCAACUCACCGACCGCGAAAACCUGGAGAUGCUUCAGGCGCCAGCGUCCUCUACCUUUCUGAAACACUCUCUGAAAGGCGCACAGUCCAAGAAUGCAGUGGAUCGCCUGGUGGCUCUGCGGGAGUUCACACACGUCUUCCUGCCUAUCGUGUUCAGCGUCUCAGCAGGGCAACAUGCUGUGAACGUCGCCACAUUCAUGCUAGAAGGGGGUUUUCUGGCACCAAUAGUCGAGGGGUUGAAAGCAGCGGCUGGGGGUGACUGGGUGGUGGUUCCAGACCUUUCCGGUUCCGAAUAUCCGGCAAAGUGCAAGAAGCAUGGCAGGGCAGUGCGAACUCAUUUGUCGCAGGCCCUGGUCGCGAUUCAUGCUCUUUGCUCCCUGGCCUUGGACGUCAGGCUAGUGCGCUUUAUCCUGAGGACUAGGCCGGACCUGUUGAAUAUCCUAGAGCUCUUGUACAUUGCGGCAGAGAAGCCUAGAGUUCCGGACGGGGUACUGAUCCGCACAGAGGUUGCUCGCACGCUGACCCGCAUGACCGCCUUUUCGGAACCUCUACGAAAGGAGCUUGCUAUGCAGAACCCCAAGUUUGUCCUCAGACUGGUUACCUUUGCGUCAGAAAACGUUGAGGAAGUCACAAUCUUCGAGGGGCCCUUCUGUCUUAUCGCGAAUCUACAUCAUUACCUGGAAUUGGUGGAUGUUUCGACGGCGAUGGUUGAGCUCACAGCAAAGGUCCUGCUUCACUCCCAACGCGCGACAGACAUUACAAUGGGUUGCAGGAUCUACAACCAUCUGAGGGAGAAGGCAGCGUGCAGCACCCUGCCAGAUUCCAGAUUGUUCAAAUCUGCUGUUCUGGCUCUUGCCAUCUGCGAAGCGGACUCUCUGGAGCACGAUGCCAGAUUGUUUGGCUUCAAACUAUCAGGGCUUUACUGGUCAACUCUCGAAGAUAUCCCUAAAGUUGUGGGAAAGCCGAGUUAG